UGAACCGGUUCCACGCCUUCGGUUUACCCUCGGGUCCUGUGACCAGUGGGGAGUUUUCUGUAUUUCUGGUCGAUUUGGACGAGUAAUUUCCCGGAUCGGUAUCGGGCGGGAAGUGGGAGGUUGGCGUGGUAAUGAAGACUCAUGCUUGUUGAAACACAUGAGUCUUGCAGCUCCCUUUGAUACUGCGUAUACAAUACAUCCGGUCUCUCUCCGAACUCGUUCAGUCACCGCCUCAAGCACUCACACCUAGGUUCAUUCUAUCUCCUUUUUUUCGACGAAUACAUUUUCUGAUUCUAGAGCACAUCUAAAGCUCUCAUGGCUACCUCUCGAGUGAACGCUUCGGUCCUACACGGAGCUCGGGACUUGCGUCUCGAAGGACGGGAGUUGCCUCCUCUAGGCACCAACGACGUUCAAGUGGCUGUCAAGGCAACGGGUCUCUGCGGGUCGGACCUGCACUACUUCGGUCACUUCCGUAACGGCGACAUCCUCGUCCGGGAGCCCCUAACGCUGGGUCAUGAGUCCGCCGGCGUCGUCACCGCCGUUGGCUCGGGUGUCAACUCGCUCCGGGUCGGGGACCACGUUGCUCUUGAGGUCGGCCAACCGUGUGGUAGCUGUCAAUUAUGCCAGGAGGGUCGGUAUAACAUCUGCAGGGAGAUGAAGUUCAGGAGCUCGGCAAAGGCAUACCCCCAUGCCCAGGGCACACUCCAGGAGCAAAUCACACACCCGGCGCAGUGGUGCCACAAACUUCCAUCAGAGGUUUCCCUAGAGCUCGGCGCCCUCGUGGAGCCCCUGGCUGUAGCUCUGCAUGCCUCCGACAGGGCACGUCUCGCUCCCGGCUCGACAGUCCUCGUGUUUGGCGCCGGAACCGUCGGCCUUUUGUGUGCCGCUCUCAGCAAGGCAGUCAGUGGCGCCAAGGUGGUCAUUGCCGACAUCCAGGAGGACCGGGUCAAGUUCGCCGUGGACAACGGGUUUGCCGAUGCCGCCGUCGUCGUGCCCAUGAAGCGGCCCGACACCAUCGAGGCCAAGCUGGAGUUUGCGAAGCAGGUCGCCGAAAUUGCCAAGUCAACAACGUAUCAGCACGGCCAGCUCUUUGGAGAGGUGUCGGCAACGUUCGAGUGUACCGGCGUGGAGGCAUGCCUGCAGGCUUCCAUUUACGCUACUGCUCCUGGCGGGCGCAUCAUGCUCAUCGGUAUGGGCAAUCCCAUCCAAACACUGCCCAUCUCGGCCGCCGCCCUCCGCGAAGUCGACCUCGUGGGUGUUUUCCGGUAUGCCAACACCUACCCGCGGGUCAUCGAACUGCUGGCCAGCAAGAACCCCAAGCUGCCGGACUUUACGAAGCUUAUCACGCAACGGUUUACGGGAAUGGAGAACAUCCCGAAGGCAUUCGACAUGGCUGCGAGGGUGAAGGACGACGAGGGAAACUUGGUGUUGAAGGUGAUGGUGGACAUGUAAACGAUAAAUGAGUUAUAGAGAUUUCACGAGCAGUCAUCAAACACAAACAAAUCAGACCGAGUAAAGAAGACCGUU